GCGAAUGAAAUAUCAGAGCUUGACAUUAUGAAUGUAGAUAAAAAUGCGAAAAAUGGAUAUAUCUUAGAGGUCACACUUGAAUAUCCAAGUCAUUUGCAUGAUGUACAUAAUGAUCUACCAUUAGCACCGGAAUCGUUAUCUAUCAAAAUUGAAGAUCUAUCUCCUUACUGCCAAGAACUGUAUAAGAUUUUUCAUAAACAGAAAAUCGAGGGUGAGAUCUCGAGAAAACUUGUUCCUACACUUCGAACAAAGCACAAAUACGUUGUUCACUACAGAAACUUACAAUUCUAUCUUCAACAAGGACUUAUUCUGAAAGAUAUGCAUAGAGUAAUAAGCUUUGAACAGGAAAACUGGUUAAAACCCUACAUAGAAUACAACACGAAGAUGAGGCAGCAAGCUCAGAAUGAAUUUGAAGUCUCUCUUUACAAGUCUUACAACAAUAUAGUUUUUGGGUAAGCAUUUUCAAAAUUAUCUAUGUACAGAUUGUCAUAUGAUCAUAGUUUUCUGACACUAUACAGUAAGAUAUGUUUAUUUUCGUUUAUCAUUACAGAAAAACCAUGGAAAAUAUCAGAAAUAGAUUGAACUUUAACUUAGUUCAUACAAAAAAGGGACUGCAGAGAUUGGUUAGUAAACCAAGUUUUGAGAGUUUUACCAUCUUCAAUAGCGAUCUUGUGGGAGUGAAAAACAAAAAGGUCAAGCUUUUACUGAACAAACCAAUCUACACUGGGAUGAGCAUAUUGGAUCUUUCCAAGCUUUUCAUGUAUGAAUUCCAUUAUGGCUUUGUCAAAAAACAGUAUAGAGAAAAUGCAAAGUUACUGAUGACGGACACUGACUCUCUAUUUUAUAGAUUUGAAGUUGAAGACAUGUACGAGGAGAUAAACAAGCAUAUGGAUUUGUUUGACACGUCAAACUAUCCGAGAGAUCAUCCUCUGUUCAGUGAAAAACACAAGAAAGUUGUUGGAAAGAUGAAAGAUGAAACGGCAUCUCAUCCAAUUCUUGGAUUUGUUGGUUUACGACCAAAAAUGUAUUCAUUCAUUGUUUACGAUGAGAAAAAAACGCAAGUGAAGAAAGCUAAAGGAAUUUCCAAAUCGGUAGUCAAAAAAGAAUUAACUUAUCAAAACUACGUAAACUGUCUAAUGGACAGUAAAUUGAAUAGACAUUCAAUGAACUCUAUUCGAAGUGAAAAUCAUAACCUGUAUUUAAAGAACAUCAACAAAAUUUCUCUGUCACCGUUUGACGAUAAACGAUGGUGGUUGGAGCCUAACGGCAUUGAGGGAUAUUCAUAUGGACACUAUGCGACCAAAAAUCAAAUCGAUGAAUAAACUGUACAAUAUGUAUUUUGAUUAAAU